CACACAGUGCGAAACAUUUUGCGAAAAAAUUAGACCAAAAAGUUAUAUUGAUUGGAAAAUUGAGCAGCUUAAGCUAACUGGUGUAGCCCCUUAACAAGUGGCAAGGCAUGCUUUAAUCCCCGCCAGCUCAAACCCGGCUGUGGUGGCUUUGUAAGGCUAGCAAAACCAUUGCAAGUGGAGCUGUCGUGGUCUUAUUUGCCUACUUUUUUUCCCACCUCCUCCAACUCUGUCGCUGUGUGGGCCAUCAGCAGCAGCAGCAACAGCAACAGCAGCAGUUUAACAACAACGAGAGAGGAGAGACUUCGUCACGAAGGGGACAAGGGGCCGCAAGACCACCGACAGUCUGUUUGGUUUAGGCGUGGAAAUAAACAAAUAGAUCACAGGCACAGAGUUCCAAGGAACGGAACGGGGCGUGGCUAGCUUAACACUCGGCUUGGCAACAACAGCAGCAGCAAGAGCAAGAGCAACAAGUAGGCGGCAUGGACGUAACGCUUACCGAGCCCGAGACACGUUUCUACAGUGAACUCUUUCAUUGCUGCGAUGUAGAAAAGACAGGCAUGGUGCCAAUGCUCAAGGCAACGGAGCUCUUUCGAUCGUCGGACAUUGCCAGCGCAAAGCUGAUUGAGAUCACCGGACUGGCAGGGAUUCCCUCGACAGCGUUGCACAUCUCACGCGCCCAGUUCUAUUCAUGCCUCAAGUUGAUUGCCGCCCACCAGGCAGCGAUGCCGCUGCGUCAGGAGCUGAUAUUCGCCACGUGCCCAUUGCCAAUGCCACAUUUUAGCUGGAAGGAGUUGUCAGCAGCGUCAGUGGCCACAGAGAACGGACUGGGGGCCCUGCCACCGCCACCGCCCACAGAUCGGCGGAACUCGUUGCGUCGCAACUCGCAGCAGGAUCAGCUGCAGGACACCUCGGAUGUGCCCAGCACCGACUCAGAGGUGGAGCAGAACGAGUCCAUUGAAGAGGCGGCGGGGCAGCGCACAGAUGGCAGUGGCGUUGUCAGCAGCAGCAGUCGAGAGAAUGUCGGGCGUCGACGUGGCGGCUCUCCAGAGGCCUGGAGCACGAACAGCGAUAGCCCCACGCCCACCAAUAGCGUGGCGGAGCGACCCUGGGCUCAGGAUCCCCUCUGGCAAGGGCUCCUGGGCGACGAGCACCGCCAGCUGCUGGGCACAGAGGAGGAAUCCUCCGAUCGCCACAGCAGCGAUGACGAUGACAACGAGAACGAGCUGGUGGCCGUCUAUCAGAUCACCCCAGAGCAAAGGGAAUACUACAAUAAGCAGUUCAAAACAGUCCAACGUGAUCCCCAUGGCCUGCUCUCCGGCCAGGCAGCGCGGGUUUUCUUUGAGAAAAGCCGCAUACCCGUGGAGGAGCUGCGUCACAUUUGGCAGCUGUGCGACGUGACACGCGAUGGGGCGUUGAGUCUCUCUGAAUUCACGGCUGCCAUGCAUCUGGUGGUGCUGCGACGCAACAAUAUACCGCUGCCCACCAGCCUGCCCCACUGUCUGCAUCCGAAUGUGCUGCAGACGAAGGCGGUUGGGGGCAGCGGUGGAGUGACCUCCUCCUCGUCGUCGUCGUUACCUCAAGAGCCCCCCGAGGCUGAUCUCCUGCAUUUGAACGACGACGACGAGGACGAGCAGACGGACAAUACAAUCAUUGCUGGUAAUCUCAGCGGAGGCAGCUCGGCAGGCACCAGCAAACCGCGUCCCACUGUGCCGCCGAACGACAAGAAUAUCAUGAAUCUGAGCACCAUCUCCACCUCGUCCCAGGCCAGCAACAGUUCGAGACGCGAGGCGACACCCACCACAACGUCGCUGAAUAAGAAUCGUAGCAUUUCGAAUUCCCCCAAUCACGAAAGGAUCGUAGGCGGUACAGUGUCGUCAACGGGAAAUGCUCCCGAUUCGAGUAAUGCCUCCAAUCAGUGGACAAAGUUCAGUGAAUCUCCCACAACGAGUGCGGCACCAGCUCAAUCCACGACUGGAGCUGCUGCUUCGACUUCGGCUACGGCUGCUGGUGCGGUUGCUGGUACUGCUGUUGCUGGUGCUGCUGCUGCGGCUGUUCCAGCCGUCUCUAGUCCCGGCCUCAAGCCAGCUCUGUUUGAUAUGAAACGUACUGCACAGGAUGUGGUCUCCAAUCCGCAAAUAUUGCAUCCCGUGCCUCUGCGUGUGACUCCCAUAGGCAAUGCCAUAGCCUCUUCCUCCGGCGAGCAGUCGUCCGAUAUGGAUGGGGUCGUUGUAUUGCGCGAGGAGAGUCCGAAGACCAUAACAUCGACCACCACAGUCAACAAUCAAUCAACAGCAGGAGCAGCAGUAGCAACAGCAGUCACAGCUACAGCAGCGACAGGAGCCACUGCCACACAUCGUGAGAGCAGUGAUCUGCGUGCCAUUCAGCGUCCCCAGGCCAAGAAGCUGCCGGCCAAGAACAGUGUGCUGCCACCGCCACCACAACGCGAGCCGAGCAUUGGUUCCACUGGCCCUAGCGAGACCUCGGAUCCGCUGCCCACGACAGUUUUUCCCACGACAGUCGCCGUGUCCAAGAAGGAGCCGCCGCCAUUGCCUCCACCAAGGCCACAUCGUCAUGCGAGAAGCAGCAGUUUGGACUUGAACAAGUUCAAAAUGGGCACAACGGGCGGUGCACAGCAGGCGGAGAUUACUGCGCAAGCCAGCUUCGAUAUGCAAACCUCAGCGGGUUUUGCCGAUUUCACGCACUUUGCCGACGAAGGUGGCGCCGCGAAUGUUCUGGAGAGUGGAACUGUGGCCGAGCAGCAGCUGCACUCGCUGCCGCCGGCCCAGCCACCGCCUGGCGGUGUGCCUCCGACACGGAUUACACUGCAGCAGACCCAAACGCAGCAGCGGGUAUCAGCCUUUGAGGUCUAUCGCAAGCCGCAGACGCCACGGAACUCACAAUCGCCGCCACAACAGCCGCCGCCACCGGCCCCGGCCCUGGUCGGGAGCGGAGUUGUCUCUCAACUGCCAAGCGCCGAAACCUUUGAGAAGCGAGUGACGGCCAUAAGUGACAGCCUGCGUCACGUGUCCUUUAAGCAGAACCAGACGAGCACCACCGAGCUGCUGCAGCGACUGCGCGAACAGAACAGCUCCCUGCUGCACCUGUGCAAUGAUCUCAGCGACGAGCUGCUGAGCGUCCAGACGCGCAAGGAGGAGAUGCGCCUCAGGCUGGAGAGCCUGAAUGGUGGUUCCGAGGGUCCCACUGGGCGAACAAGCUCGUCGAUAUCUUCGGCUCCGGUUACGGCGAGUGUCACCGGGGGAUCCUCUGGGUCAGCCGGUUACACAAAUGUCUAAACAGCGUCAGAUAAUCAUUAUUUUCAUUAUCAUUUGUCACACUUUUAUGUGUUGAUUCUGCACAAUUUAUUUAUCGCGCGGUAUCGCCCACUGACAUUCAAUCAUUUCUAUUCAAAAAGGUUCUCUUUUCGCUUUUGCAACAAAUCUAGAAAGCUGUGCAAACAGACGGCAUGAAUGCUGGAAUGUUUGCACAGUUUCGUUGACGAUGGAUGGCCAGUGGAAUGGAUGGAUGGAUGGAGGAGUAGAAAGUACUCCCAAGUUUGUGUGCUGCUACAUAGAAGUCGCUAAUUUAAUUUGUAGGCUAGUUAAAUCUCAACAAAUCAUGCGAAAAUCAACAAAAACAAUAAUGCCGCCUCUAUA